CACGUUGACGCAGAAGAACAGUGGACCUGCCGAGUUGUCCAUUAGCUUUGUUUGCUAACUAAUCUCAGCGUUUUCUCCAGAAUUUGCCAAUUUUCUGACCUUUAGUCCGGUUUAAGUUGCAGCAGUCGAGUUGAACAGCAGCCUAGAUCCAGCGGAAAGUUUCAAUCGGACGGAUAAUCUGUGGAGAAGCUCGGCCUCCAGCAGAAUGAACCUUGGCUCUAAAAGUAAGAAGCGAGUGGUGCUGCCCAGUCGGCCGGAGCCACCCACUGUGGACCAGAUCCUGGAGGACAUCAGCAAAGCUGCUCCUGAUGAUCUGGUGUUCAGCAUCCUGGAGCAGACUGGAGAAAACUCGCCCCGUCCUGCUGACACCGAGGUGGAGCUCCGGUUCCAGCAGUGUCGUCGGUUCCUGGAGCUGAACGAGAAGCUGGAAGAGGCUCAGGGUCGAAUGCAGCAGCAGAGGGAGGAGCUCCAGGUGGUUGGAGAGCAGCUGGACAGAGAUGUAGCUGAGGUCAAAUGUCAAACACUCUGACUGGACACUUCCUGCUUUUACAGACUCUCUUCUUCUGUGUCGGGACGAUUUCACUGAACUCUUUUCUACCUGAGUCAACCGUGAAUCAGACUCUGGUGGAGCCUGAAGAACCUCAGGACUGAAACACAUGUGAGGGUUGGUCCUGACGAUGGCUGAUUCACAAUAAAAGCCUCCUGCUGACUGACCAGGCAGAAACUUUUAAUGUGAAGCAGCAGAGAACGUGUGCUUUGAAUCAGUAGAGUAAACAAGAAACAAGACUGACAACACAUUUGAAAUACCCCCUUUUUUUGUCUGAUAACUGUAUUGAUAACUGAAAAUCUGAAUAGAUUUCACAGAGUACUGACCACAUUUUGAUAUGCCAAUAUCACAAUAUACAAUAGACAUACGCUGCUCCUACUACAAACAGUAAUAACAUUGGUUAUUGUAACAAUGCUUCUUGUUCUGUCCCUAUUAAAUAAACGUAUAAAUAAAUAAAAAUAACCUUUAUUAAUUUUUUUUGUACAUUAAGUUUUUAUUUGAUGAUCUCAAAAUAAAUACAUUUCCACAGUGGGAAAUGAUGUUCAAUAUUUGUUUCCUGGAAAACCUUAACUGUGAGAAAGACAGAUUGUCCUGUUUGUCAAGUUGUAAAGAUGAGUGUUUGAUUAGAGCUACAAUUAAAAUCAAGUAGCAGAA